GGUUAUCUCACCAACUGGGAAGUUGAAAAGGGAAUCUGGGAUAGAGUUUUUUCAAAGGAGGUCAUGAAUUGCGACCCGAAAAAAACCAGUCUUCUCAUUACGGAACCAUGUUUUGAUCUGCCGAAUAUUCAAAAGGCUUACGAUGAGAUGAUCUUUGAAGUUUACGAGUUUCAAUCAUAUUGUCGCACAAUUGCUCCGUGGCUGUGCAUACAAAACAAUACAUCCAGACUCUAUAAUGACAGACCGCAUAGCCAGUCGGAAUCACCGGAUUGUGUUUUGGUGGUGGACUCGGGAUAUUCUUUUACCCAUAUUAUACCUUUCGUCAUGGGUCGACCGAUAUUUCCCGCUAUUCGAAGAAUCAAUAUUGGAGGCAAAUUAUUGACCAAUCACCUCAAAGAGAUCGUAUCGUUUCGAUACUGGGAUAUGAUGGAUCAAACCUAUGUGAUGAAUGAAGUGAAAGAAUCGUGUUGUUAUGUUUCUCAGGAUUUUCUGGCUGAUCUUGAAAUCUGUCGAAGGAAUACGAGAGAUAAUCCAAUUCUACAAGAAUAUGUCCUUCCUGAUUUCUCGAGAAAUUCCAAGGGAUUCAUAAGGGAGAAGAAAAGUGGAGGAGAGAUGUAUGAUCAAUCGGAUGAACAGGUUUUGUACAUGAAUAACGAACGUUUUACCGUGCCCGAAAUAUUAUUCAAUCCGUCAGAUAUCGGCAUGAAUCAAGCAGGAAUUCCGGAGGUCAUAGUGGAAGCAAUUAAUGCUACUCAUCCUGAAAUGUUUCCUUUUCCUGUAAAUGAUGUAGAUUUACAAGGUUUAUUUUACGGGAAUAUUGUGUUGGUCGGUGGCAAUAGUUUGUUCUCCGGAUACAAAGAGAGAGUUGAAAAAGAUUUAAGAGUGCUUGCGCCAUCAGAAUUCGAAGUGAAAGUGGGAAUUCCCGAAGAUCCCAUAACAUAUGCGUGGCAUGGUGGGAGUAAAUUUGCGGCCUCUCCGGAAUUCAACGAGAGGUUGGUCACUCGAUCCGAGUACAUGGAGCAUGGUAGUAACAUUUGUCUCAAGAAAUUUGGGUGGGGUGAUGGUGAGAUCGACGAAUUAUCUGAAUGA